AGGGGGUGGAGAAAGAGAGAGAGAGAGAGAGAGAGAGAGACUGAUUCAGAUUCAGAGCAGUAUGCUCAUUCUGUGUUAACAUCUCACUGUGAUAUCAAUGUAUGCAGCCUGAGGUAUCGUGACCUAUUACAGAGCCUGAAUAGAAAACCCAUAUCCCAAGAUGCAGUGGUGCAGGUGGGCUGGCAGUUGGAGAUCACACCUACCAGGUCAGUCUGCAGGGCCGGAGAUUGAGGACUCUUUCGACUUUCUUUUCAAAAUCAUCCUGGUUGGGGACUCCAAUGUGGGGAAGACCUGUGUGGUCCAGAGCUUCAAGUCUGGCAUAUUCAUCGAGAAGCAGCAAAACACCAUCGGGGUCGACUUUACGGUUCGCACCCUGGACAUUGAUGGCAAAAAGGUGAAGAUGCAGGUGUGGGACACGGCAGGUCAGGAGCGUUUCCGCACCAUAACUCAGAGCUACUACCGCAGCGCCCACGGUGCCAUGGUGGCCUAUGACAUCACACGCCGCACCACAUUUGAAUCGGUUCCCCACUGGAUCAGGGAGGUGGAGCAGUUUGGAGCUGCCAGUGUAGUGCUGAUCCUCAUUGGUAAUAAGUCAGACCUCCAAGCUCAGCGACAGGUGUUGUUCGAGGAUGCGUGCACUCUGGCAGAAAACAACGGCGUGCUGGCUGCUCUGGAAACCUCGGCCAAGGAGGCCCAGAACGUGGAGGCGGCCUUCAUCCUCAUGGCUCGGGAGCUGCUGGCACGCAACGGCAUGACCACCAUCGACGAGCUUUCCCAAGAAUCGCCUCAAUUAAUGUUGAGUAACAGCACCCACCCGGUUUAUGGCACCGUGGCUUCAGAUAAAAAGUGUGGGUGCUGAGCAGGCUGGUUAAGCAGGGGUGUGUUGUUUUAGACUCGUUUGAAAAAAUAGUGUUCACAGUUUAGGAGAAACUACAUACAGUAUAUAUGUGUGUGUGUGUGUGUGUGUGUGUGAGAGAAAGUUUUGUACAUAUUUUGACUUUUGAUAUUUAUAAAGUUUGUAGAAUCAGUAACACAGGUUUUAAAUGGUGGUUGCUUAUGUUGUAUUAUUCUUCUGAGUAUAACCCUUUGAUGAAUGUGACUCCAGAAUUACAAACCACACCAAUGCUGGAGGACUCUGUACUAAGAUCGAACUACAGUAUACAGAAUAAUGUUCUCACUUGACAAGCAACUUUUUGUGUCUUUCAUCCUUUUUCAUUUUUCCUUUCAUUCAGUAUGACUUUUUUAGUACUGUACAUUACCGGAGUUCCACAGUUUUAAUGUACAAUUUAAGUCACUUGCAAAUCAUACUUUAUUACACCUUUCAGUUACAAAUAUAACAAACCAGCACCUUGGGACAUGUUCAGUGGUGCUGCAACUGCAGCUAUGUGUUUUCUCCCACAAAAGUCUUCUAUUACAGAUGUUUAACCAUCCAUACAUUUUUUUAUUACUUUAACCAUUUGAUAAAAGAACAGCACUUUUUUAAAUUUAUGACGUGACAGUGGUACUUUUUCCACAAAAUAAUACUUAAAUAAAAUGACCGUACUCAUAAUUGAGGCUAAAAUCAAAACUGAUGAGGUACUAAUAAAACCUGGCAACAUAAUCUCAUCAACAUUAUUGGUUAUGCAUUCACCUAUUUAAAAAA